CAAACCCCCCCGAGCAUCGAGGCGCCGCGCGCGCACAAAACUCCCCGUGGCAUGUAAACAAAGUUCGAAAACGUGAUAUGUUCGAGAUUGUGGUUCUGUCUUCUGAAAUUUUGAAAUUUGUUUUCCGGAACAUGUUUACGGAUACAAGUUAAAAUGAGUACAAACGGCGUAAAAACGUUAAUGAAGAAAGCUGAACCAUCGCCUGGAUGGGUACGUUGUCAGAAGUGUCUGGCGAUAGGACACUGGACUUACGAGUGCAAAAACAAAAGAAAGUACUUGCACAGAUCCUCUCGCACUUCUCAGCUGAAAAAGGCUUUGGAAAAACAAGAUGAUAACAAUGUGCAAGUGAGAAAAAAAAUGAGAAAAGAGAAAUCCAGCAGUUCUAGUGAUUCCAGCUCAUCAAGCAGCGAAGAUUCUAGCAGCAGCAGUAGCAGCAGUUCUUCGUCAGAUAGUGAAUCGGACUCUAGCGACAGUGUUUCUAGCAGUACAAGUACUAGUAGUAGUAGCAAUAGCAGUUAUGCUUCUCGCAAAAAAUAGCAAAAAUUGUGAAAGUAUGCGGAGAAAUAUUGCCUUCUAAUGUUUACUCUUCUUAUUUUUUCAAACAACAAUAAUUAUAAUGCCACUUUAAAAAGAAUGGCAUCAGAAAAAAAAAAAAAACAAUAUAUUUAAAAUAUAUUUUGUGUCAAAAAUUUAUUGUGCUUCGUAAAAUAUGCA